CGGCUGCCUCGCUCCCGGAAGUGGAGGUUCUACGCGAACAGUGCCGCUGGGUCUGGGUGCCUGGAGGCAGAAGCGCUCGCGGAGCUCGCCCGUCGGCCCCCGAUCGCCAUGUCGGCCUUCGACACCAACCCUUUCGCGGACCCAGUGGACGUAAACCCUUUCCAGGAUCCCUCCGUGACCCAGCUAACCAGUGCCCCACAAGGUGGCCUGGCUGAAUUCAACCCCUUCUCAGAGACAAAUGCAGCAACAACGGUUCCUGUCACACAGCUUCCUGUGCCCUCACAGCCAGCGGUUCUCCAGCCCUCAGUGGAACCAACCCAGCCAAGCCCCCAGCUCCUGCUUAGACAGGCCAGCAGGUUCCUGCCUACCAGAUUCCUGGCAGUGAGCGAGUUCUCAGAGAGGCAGAUGCUGCUAGGAGGAGAUAGUAUUCUCAGAGACAGCUACAUGCGAGACCUUCCAAAGGCCGUGGCCUCUGCAGCCCAGGCAAGCCUGCUCCGGCAACAGGAAGAACUGGACAGGAAAGCAGCUGAGCUGGAACGCAAGGAGCGGGAGCUGCAGAACACUGUGACCAACUUACAUGUGAGACAGAACAACUGGCCGCCCCUGCCCUUUUUCUGCCCCAUCAAGCCUUGCUUCUAUCAGAAUUUCUCCAUAGAGAUCCCUCCCGACUACCAGCGGAUAUGCAAGAUGCUCUACUAUCUCUGGAUGUUGCAUUCAGUGACUCUGUUUCUGAACCUACUUGCCUGCCUGGCCUGGUUCUUAGUCGACAACAGCAAGGGAGUGGACUUUGGCCUCUCGAUCCUGUGGUUUGUGCUCUUCACCCCCUGUGCCUUCCUUUGUUGGUUUCGACCCAUCUAUAAGGCCUUUAGGUCUGACAACUCUUUCAGCUUCUUCGUGUUCUUCUUUAUAUUUUUUUGUCAAGUAGUGAUCUACGUCAUCCAGUUGGUCGGCAUCCCUAACUUGGGGGUCAGUGGUUGGAUUGCAGCCGUGACUACGCUGGAUUCAAAGCAUUUGGCUGUGUCGAUCAUCAUGAUGGUGGUGGCUGGUUUCUUCACCCUCUGUGCCGUGCUCUCACUCUUCCUCCUGAAGCGAGUGCACUCCCUGUACCGCCGGACGGGGGCCAGCUUCCAGCAGGCCCAAGAGGAGUUUUCCCAGGGCAUCUUCAGCAACAGGACCUUCCGCAGCGCUGCCUCAUCUGCUGCCCGAGGAGCCUUCCAGGGGAAUUAGUCCUCCUGACUCUCCUCCCUCUGCCCCAGCCUUUUCUCUCGCCUGCCUUCUAGCUGCACUUUCCGUGGGUGCCUUAAGCAGUGGUUAUGCCCAGCACAGACCUGGGGAGAGUCUUGCCGUGGCUCUUCCUCCUUCCUCAGCAACCAGCUCUCCCUUCCACCCCAGGGAAGGGGAGGGAGGGGAGGACAGGGACUUCUUUUUACACAAGAGAAAAGAAAAAGAACAAAGCUCUUUCCUUCUCUGGUGGUGGUUUGGUAAGAUUCUUUUCUCUCUGGCAGCAGUGGGACUGAAGUUCUCUUCCGCCUACACACACGUACACACACGUGUACACUGGGAUCACCGGCUGACCUGGGCCCGCCCCAGCUGGAGUUUUAUUUCUGCCUGGGUCCUAGGACUCCACUCCUCCCUCCCCAGUCCCAGCAGGCCUGGCCUGAAGCUGGCUCCACAGACCCAGCCUGUGGCUUCCACAAUCGCGCCCCUCCUUCCUGCCCAGGCUGGGGCAGGCUCCCAAGGGCUCCCCUUUAGACGAGCUGCAGUCUGGGCACGUGGGCAGCUCUUCCUCAGAUUACUCUGGAGUGGUCUCUGGGCUUCCAGAGCCUCUGGCCUGGUUGCCCCAGGCUCUUCCCUGCCUCGCAUUUCUCACAAACAGAUUCACAGCCCCUUAGGCCCCUGCACCCACUGGUGUGGGCAACACCUUGUGCCCUCUGGGGCCUUCCCUCUUUAGACUUACUGAAUGUUCAAUGGGGUUGGUUGGGAUUUGGGGAUGGGGAGGGGUAGAGGAUGCUGACCCUGACUUGUCCUGCCCAGCCUUGGUGGUCUCCUGGGAGGUGGGGUCUGACUGUCCUGGUGUGCUUUGUUUGCCUCUGUUUUGAUUUCCUCUCCUUCUGUGGGAUGGCAGCCUUUGCCUUGGCCUCCGAUGCCACCCCACUCCACCUCCCACCCUCAUCAAUAUCUAGCUUCUGUGACUCUGAGGGAGGGCAAGGGGUAUCAAUCUAGAACUGCAUCUUUCAGGCUGGACUGAACAGCUACUUUUCUGAGGGUUCCAGACUAAUCCUCCAGGGUUUCCCCAUCCCCCGAGUAGAGUCUAGAUCAUCCUCGCUGGUCAUGACAAACCCCAGGAGGUGUGUCACUUGAUGGGCACCUGGGAGUCCACAUUAAAACCUGCACCCUGUCCUCCACAAGCUGGAGGAGUGGGUGUGUGGACUGAGGGGACUUCUCAAAAAGCUGGCCAGCCUCAUGCCUCUGAGACCUGGGGCCCACCCGGAGGCAGCCCUCAGGCUGCCAGCCCACUCAGCCCCAGAGCCGCUCAAUGAUAAUGGCAGUGACCAAGGUUUUGUAAACUCCUUUCUGGUAUUUUUUUCUCCAUGUACAAAUGUGUAUGUUAUGUCUCAAUUUUUGUGCUUAAAUAAAAACAAUACAUUUUCAGAUCA